UAUACGAACUCAUAACAGUAGGUCAGUUCACUUGUUGAAGUCUUCGCAUUACUUACUGUUGUUCACACUGAUAUUGUCACCAAAAUGUUUUGUAGUUGGGUCGUAGUUUUCAUUUUUCAAUUGGUGCGUUUUACUAUUUCACGAGACGUCGAGCUUCAAAGUUCCACCGGUGCUACGUCCGAACUAGGUAACAAGCGUGACCCACCACGUUCUAAAUUCGAAAUGUUUGACUUCAAAAAAUUUGGACCUGGUCCCCAAGUAGUGGAGGAUACUUUUAAUAUCAAGAGCUGGGGGUUCGGAACGACUGAGCGAAAAAUGCUGAUGGACAUCAAAACUAGAGUUGAUUCUCUCUCUGCUACAUGUAAAGGGGCCGCUUCAGAGUGUCCUAAUGGUUGGGUUCCGUUCGUGGACUCAUGUUACUUGGUCAUCGACAUCCCAACACUGAAAUGGAGUGACGCUCGACGAACUUGUCAGAAUUUGGGCGGAGAUCUUGCCGUCGUCAAAGCUUUCGUUGAGAACAAAUUUAUCUUUGAGUUGAUGAAGAGGCAGAGGACAGUCACAUAUUUGGGUGUGUGGCUUGGCCUCCACAGAGCAGCAGACGACAAAUUCUACUGGGUGGACGGUACUCCAGCGGAGGCAUGGGAGUAUUCUGCUUGGGCAAAUGACGAUCCACACUCUGUCACCGAGAAGUGUGCGCACAUGUACGGAAACGGGAACAAGCAAGGAAAGUGGAGUGACAUCGUGUGUGACCUGAACCAGCAGGCUCUAAGCUAUUCUCCAGUCGUUCUUUGCCAGAAAAAGGCUAACUAAGGUAGCUGGUAAUCCCUCUUUGUUUUGACUACUUAAGUCGACUGUCAGAGCACUUCAUUAAAUAAACGGUUAAUAUGAUGUAUUGCCAAUUAAAAUUUUGAUUCUAAUUAAAAUAAACUUGGUGAUGGAUGAA